GCGGCGGCCAGCGCGACUGUCACCUACGAGACGUGCUGGGGCUACUACGACGUGAGCGGCCAGUACGACAAGGAGUUCGAGUGUAACAACAGCGAGAGCGGCUACCUGUACUGCUGCGGCACCUGCUACUACCGCUUCUGCUGCAAGAAGCGCCACGAGAAGCUGGACCAGCGCCAGUGCACCAACUACCAGAGCCCCGUGUGGGUCCAGACGCCCAGCACCAAGGUGGUGUCGCCGGGGCCCGAGAACAAGUACGACCCGGAGAAGGACAAGACCAACUUCACCGUCUACAUUACCUGCGGGGUAAUCGCCUUCGUCAUCGUGGCUGGCGUCUUCGCCAAGGUCUCCUACGACAAGGCCCACCGUCCUCCACGGGAGAUGAACAUCCACAGGGCUCUGGCUGACAUCUUAAGACAACAGGGACCAAUCCCCAUAGCACACUGUGAAAGAGAAACUAUCUCGGCUAUUGAUACCUCUCCCAAAGAUAACACGCCGGUCAGAUCAUCCUCCAAAAACCACUACACCCCUGUGCGCACAGCCAAGCAGACUCCAGGGCAUUAUGGGAAGGAUGCUUACCGAAGUGGAGGACCAGAUCUCCAUAACUUCAUCUCAUCUGGAUUUGUCACAUUAGGAAGAGGACACACGAAGGGUGAUCGUCAAUAUAAUCAUCCGAUUUUAAGCAGUGCUACCCAGACCCCUACACAUGAGAAGCCCCGGAUGAACAACAUCCUGACAUCAGCCACCGAGCCCUAUGACCUCUCCUUCUCCCGCUCUUUCCAGAACUUGGCACACCUACCCCCAUCCUAUGAGUCUGCAGUGAAGACCAACCCGAGCAAGUACUCAUCUCUGAAGAGGCUAACGGACAAGGAGGCUGAUGAGUACUACAUGAGGCGGAGGCACCUGCCUGACCUGGCGGCCCGCGGCACCCUCCCACUCAACGUCAUCCAGAUGUCUCAGCAGAAGCCGCUGCCGCGGGAAAGACCACGCAGGCCCAUCCGGGCCAUGUCCCAGGACAGGGUCUUGUCCCCGCAACGGGGCCUGUCGGAUGAGUUCAGCAUGCCCUAUGACCGCAUUCUGUCUGAUGAGCAGCUCCUUUCCACUGAGCGCCUGCAUUCCCAGGACCCGUUGCUGUCGCCGGAGCGGACGGCCUUCCCCGAGCAGUCCUUGUCGCGGGCCAUCUCCCACACGGACGUAUUUGUGUCCACGCCCGUGCUGGACCGCUACCGCAUGACCAAGAUGCACUCCCAUCCCAGUGCCUCCAAUAACUCCUACGCCACCCUGGGCCAGAGCCAGACAGCAGCCAAGCGCCACGCCUUUGCCUCGCGCAGACACAACACCGUGGAGCAGCUGCACUACAUCCCGGGCCACCACACCUGCUACACGGCCAGCAAGACUGAAGUGACAGUGUGACCGACAGAGCCCUGCUGGGUGCUUGGCGGGGUGGGGUGGGGCAAAACAGAGCAGAGGUCAGGAGCAGAACGUCCAGCCUUCUGCUUGUCCCUUUCCCUUUCCAGUUCUCCUCCAUUGGCGGAAGGGGUGGGCCACCUUUGUCCAGAAAGCCAUACCCCAGCUCCGAUGGCCUGGCCCAACACACUCGACCCAGGACCUAGAGCAUCUGCUUUCACUCUUCCAGUACAAUCAAUGGGGAGCAAGGAGCAGGUGGAGCCCCAGUCCCACCCCUGCCACCUUCACCAACGUCCUUCAGUCCCACACCCUCCUUCCCAUCCAAGGCACUCUGCCCAGGUUCUGUCAGCCAGAAGACCCUCACCUGCCCCUGAUCUAAAACUGUCCGGAUUGGAACAGGCCAGUGGGUACAGUCAGUGGGCUGACCAAAUAGGCUACUCGGUCUUAUCCAUUUACCUAGAACCACAUCACAGAAAUCUUCUAGUGCCUAAAAACUGCCUGCUUGCUCUCCGAGACAGAGAGCUGCUGUGUUAUAAGCACAAUACUGAUUCUCUUCUGCCUGCUGGAACUCUCGGGUCCCCACCAAGUGAGUGGCCCUUCCUUUGCUGACCCUGGCCCUUCAUCCCUCCCUGGGACAAGGAGGCUUCCCUUCCUGCAGCUGCGUCCUCUUGUUGGAAACCCUGUCCCAUUCCAGCUGGCUGCCCUGGCCCCUCUUCUGGUGUGGUGGGGGAGGCUUUGCUCUCCUCCAGCCUAGCUGUUUCAGUUCUUUAAGGCUUUGGUAUUGGGGUGCAGGGACUUUAGGGGAGUCUUCCUGGCCACCUGUUUAUCUCCCCCACUGCCUCCAGGCCUCUAGGUCUGAACUCUGAGCUAGGGUGGGGAGGGCCACUGUGAUGCCCAGGAUCUCAGGGGCUCACCAUUCCCAUCAUUCAAGGCUCUGCUUGUCCCCCACCAUGCACCUCAGGCAGGACAGAGGCAGAAGCUUGUACAGAGAAGAUGCUCAGCCCCAAGUAAGGAGGACUUUCUCUAGGCUGGCUGUCCUGCACUUGCCUGCUCCUCUUUCCCCACUGCCAACCACUUAGUGGGCUCCUUCUCUACUCAGAUCGCCUUCUCUCCCUGCCUUCCUUUCCCACCAUGUAUCUUCUCCUGUACCCUCUAGUUCCAUUACUCUCCCCUGGCUGCCCUUCCUCCCACCAGUGCAUCAAAGGAUCAAAGACCCAUUGGUAAAUGCAAAUAGACAAUGGUACUGAUCCAGGCUACUAGUUCAGGAGCUAAUUGGGCGUCUCCCCAGCUAAUUAGUUCCAUUACUCUCCCCUGGCUGCCCUUCCUCCCACCAGUGCAUCAAAGGAUCAAAGACCCAUUGGUAAAUGCAAAUAGACAAUGGUACUGAUCCAGGCUACUAGUUCAGGAGCUAAUUGGGCGUCUCCCCAGCUCAUCGGUCCUUCCCUGCAGGGGGCACUGUAACUUCAGGCAGGUCCGUUCCUGCCCUCAGCUCUGUGAGGGGCCCCCAGUGGUAGCCCAUCACAGCCCCUUCUCUCUCUCCCAACUGAGCAGUGGAAAGGGUGUGCCCACCUCUAGAGAGCUAACAUGAACACAGCAACACCUCCCCCACAUCUGCCCCGCAACAUCAGGGGAAGAGAUACAGAGGCUCCCAGUUCUCAGGGACAGGAUGUCUCCUGGUCUGGGGCUGGGAGGAAUCAGCUCCAGACUGUUUGGUGAAGGUGUAAUACUAAAACUAGGAUGUCACCAGUCAGAUUCCAGCAAUAAUGCCCUUAAGGAGGAUUUUACAUUCUCUUAGCUCCACAUGAAUAGUCUUUUAAAAAGGUGGGGAGAACUCAUCUGUCCUGAGAAUUUUUAAUCUAACCAAGUCCAAAAACUACAAAGAAAUUUUUGGACUGCUUCCUCUUACAGAAGUCAACAAUUCCAAACUUCUCUCCUCCUCUCCCCAAAGCUCACCUUCCAGGCUGAACAGGACUGGGUCAUAUGAAUCACAAGGGGACAGAGGUUGGAGGUUAUGACCACAGUCCUCAGCAUCUGCACUGGGGAAAUGUCCCCGGGACCCUGAGGAUGGGAGAUGAGGACUGACCCCCUCUGCUUUCCUCCCCACAAACACAUAAACCUUCUGAAGGGCUGGUCCCCAUGGGUUUAUGAGCAUUUGUUCCAGAAGGUAAGACUAAGGGAGAUGGAAAAAAGGAAACUGAUCUACAUAAAGCAGAUGGCAGUCGUAGAAGCAAAAGUGUGUCUUACAACUGGGCUCCUAAGCCUGGAACCCUUUGACUCCUUAGCCCUUGGCCAGUUCCCCUGAAGACCACUUGUUUGUGGGGAGGGGAAAGGACAGGUCAUGGGUAGGUGAAAGCUGUUCCCCUGGUGUUUAUACUAUACAUACUAAACCAGAGAUCUGUCUCAUCCUGCCGAAACAUGUUCUGGACUCUAGGUUCUCUAGCCCUCAGGGGAAUCUUCCCCUGGGCUCCCUGCCCCCAACCUUCUCUCUGACAAGGUGUGUUUCUGUCUGUCUCAGGGUUUGGUUCAUAGGUUGAUUUCAAAAUAGUUUUUAUUCCAAGUCUUACCACUGUCAGGUUUAAAAAUCUCUUUCAUCAGUUGAAUCAUCAUUUGAAAUCAGAAAAUUCAGCGUGGAUAAUUAUCCUUUGUAAAGGAGUUCUUUUGCUUUAUCCUGAGGCCUGGAACAAAGAAAAAGAGAGGAAGGAGAGAGAGAGGAUAGUGGAAAAGAAAGAGAUAGAGAUAGAGGGCCUGUAGACUCGCUCCAUUUCAGAUUCCUGCUUCAGACUCCAGAAACUGUCUUAAUUGGGACAUGAAGGUACAGUAGUCACCACUUAGACCCAGUUCUAUAUUACCCUGUUUCAGUAGCUUGCAGUCAACCAUGGUCCAAAACUAGUAAUAUUUACCCUGGCUAAAAAGAGAGAGGACAUUCACAUAACUCUUAUUACAGUAUAUUGCUAUAAUUGUCCUAUUUUAUUGUUAAUGCUGUUCACCUCUUCUUGUGCUUAAUGUGCAAAUUAAACUUCAUCACAGGUAUGUAUGCAUAAGAAAAAAUAGAGUUUGUAUGCGAUUCAGGGCUACCCCCGGUAAGGGGAGAUCCACAAUAAGAGGGGACCUCAUCUGCUCAGCCGUUUCAUCCAUCUCUCUAGAAUAAGCAAAACCAUACUGCCAGAUAGGUUCAUUUAAGUGUGCAUUCUGGUUCUAGAACUCAGAUGUCACAGCUUCCAGCCCAACCAUGCUAGUGGCCUUGCUACAUACAGAAGGGCCGCUCCUCCCUCAUAGAGGGCACCUGUCCCUAGCAAAGGAAUCCUAAAUCCCAAGAUUUUCCUCUGCUCAUUCUGUUCUCUCUUGUGUCUCCAUUGCUCUGUUAGGGAUGGACUGGGUUUGCACAGGUUUCUCCUGACCUGAAUGUUCUUCUGGAGGCUUUCUGUGUCUUUUGUGCCCUUGCAGUCUUGCUUCCUCCAGUAAACUCCUGGGUCUAAGCACUCAGGAAUCACAAAGGCUUUGCAGGAAUUCCUUAAUCUCUUAAGUGGGCUUCUGCCCAUGCACCUGGAGUGAUAGGUCUCUGUCCCUUAGAAAGUACCCCCUCCUGCAGGCUGAAGUUCCUCCCCUUCUCUUUUCACUUUUGCUUCCCUUUUAACCUCAAUCUCCUAUACCAGUUCCCUCUUCCUUUCUUCUCAUUUGUUUCCUUGUUUACUUUCCUUCAUCCAAAAUUUAUUUUCCUUGAUCCUGUUAUAGUCUGUAGUUUUCAGAAUUAGAGCUCUGAAGGAAAACUGCAGAAGAACCAGGAAUUCUUCAAGUCCUCUGUUUACCUCUCUGGUGUAUCCUUCACUUCCUACAUCUGUGAGAUGAUAUUCAAGGGCAUGAAGCCAAGGGCUCUCCCCCUCUGACCUUUGGGAGGGGAAAGAGAGACUGCUGGGCCAGAGGUGUUACAGCCAAAAGAUCAGCUUUGGUUCCUACACCUAUAAAACCCGUGAAGCUCCUGACCCAGACUGCUACUAGCUACUAGGCUCCUGCUCCAGCCAAAUUUUCAUACCUUUGGGGACUCUCAGCCACUCACUCCCCUUUCCUGCAAGUGAGCGUGCCUCACAGUUACUCCUUUGUCUCAGAAGACUUGAAGGCCUCAGGACUCUCCAAGCAUGGAAGAGUAUCCAUCCCAACAUCCCUGCCACCAAACUUAAUUCAUCUCCUUCAAAGACACCUUGUCCAGCACCAGCCUCCUACCCUAAUUCCUUCCAUUAGCAACUGUGGACUUGACACAAGGUAAUAGUUUGAAAGGGCUGCCAAUCACAUGGACCCUAGAAGGCACCUGCUCUGAGAAGGGCUGGCUCAUUACUUUCCAUAUGCCAUAGGCAUUCCUCUGUCAUCCUCUCUGAAUCUAGGGAACUUUGCUCAUGAAUAUUUUCAAGGAAGUCUGUUGUGCUUUGAUGAAGUAUUUUGAGGAGUUAAAUGUUAUUUUUUUAUGAAAUGCAGCAUUUUAAUGGCAAAUUCAAUAUGAAAAGGCAGCCUUCCUGGGCUCUAUAUUUGAUUUUGGAAGGCAGCAUACUCAAGGAGAAAAAGGUACAAAGCUGAGGCUCUGGAGAUGCAGCUUCCAGCCCUGGCUGUGUCUCCAUCUCACCACGUGACUGAGAGGACUCACAUUCCUGCUUAGUACCUCAGUUUACCCAUCUAUAAAAUGAGGGGCUUCAAUUAGAUAUGAUUCCAAGUUUCCUUCAGCUCUCACAUUCUAGGACUUGCAUUUCUCAUCUGUGUCCUUUUCUUUCCUCACAUCCCCUCCACCUCAACUGAGCUGUAUACAUCUCACCUAUGCCUUCCCCCUACAGAGACAUCUCAGACGCCCCAAUUAGCCACAAGACUCCUCACCAGAGAUGGGAUUGGCCUGAUGGUCUUGGCCAACCACGGAUGUUCUCAUGCCUGAGGAUGAAGGGCCUGACCAUUCAGCAAGAUACCAACCAUGUGUCACGAAGCCUCUCCUACAGACACACCUAAGCCACCUAGGUGUCUGUGUCACUAGAAAAUUCUGAGUUUGGAGUUUUCAUUUUUGAUACGGUCCUUAUAGCUGGAGGGAAGCAGUUCCAAUUUCAAAGAGGGGACUAGAAAAGAAAGAUUUGUAUGUCAGCCUAUGAAGUUUGGGCAUGAAGUUUGUAUCUAAGGACAGCUGAAAAACACAUGCCAAGCCUCAGAGAUGCACUCUUGGCAAAGGUUCCAUGUGGCAGAGGAUGUUAUUGUAUCCCACUCUGGAAUGUUCUCCUGAACACAAAGACUGGACACUGAGGUUCCAUUCCAACUGGAGAGGAGGAGGCACCCAACCUGGGCUGCUAGGAGGUGGGCUUUCACCUCAUCCUAGUAUCUUUCUGUCCCCUGCUUGUGACACUACUGCCUUCCCAGUGAAGGCUUGUGAAGCAAGAAUGGAGAUUCCAAGUCGGUACCAUCAAACCUAUAUUGUAAAUCGGCAAAUACAUUAACCUUUCAUCAUUCAGAAAAAGGACACUGUAUGCUUCCAUAAGACCCUUCCUGCUGAGGGAAGAGAAGACCCUGCUCAACUUUUCUGCCCAUCCUGCAGUGACCCUUGAAUGCCACUUCAUGAGAGGACCCAUUCAUUUGCUUCGUAGUGGAAAAAAAAAAUUCCUCUAGUUCUAUAACACAACUAGAUAUUUUGUAGUAAAGAAUUCUUGAAAUUCUCUAAUAAAAAGCAAUUCUUACUAUAAUAUUUUUAGUUUGGGGACACACUUUCCUAAGGGGAAUUAAUGAACAUUUUUAUGCAUUAGCCCAAUUUAUGGAUUCUGUUUAUUAUAUAUGGUAGUAUUGAUGAAAAUGACCUUUCUAUCCGUACCUUUGCGAUUUCUUCAUUCCUCAUAUGUAAGCUUCACAAUGAGCAGUGCUCUUGUUUCUGCUCCUGUACAAAUCUCAUCGUCAUCCUUACCUGUCAAAGCACAUUCUAUAUGUACUGUAAACAGAUAUCACUUUAGUAAGAUUUAGUCUUAAGAAUUUUUCCACUUUUGUCAGUAACAAAUAUUUAUGGAUUAAAAAAAAUAAAGCUGUUUCAACACAA